AUGGCCAAAAUACCCACCACCCAAGUCUUCCAAAAGGGCUCCGUCUGGAUGUACUCCCCUUCCCUGCCGCCUGCCAUCCUCUUUCUGAUCCUCUAUUUCUUCGCCUGUCUCUACAUCACCUACCUCACCUUUCACCGGUACAAGACCUGGUACAUGACCGUCUUCCCUCUUGGUGCUUUGCUGGAAGUGGCAGGCUACGCGAUGAGGAUAUACUCGGUCAAGAACCAGGGGAACAUUGCCGCCUUCAUAGCAACCCUCACCCUCCACGUCCUCGCCCCCCUCCUCUUUGCCGCAGGGAACUACCUCCUCCUCGGCCGGCUGAUCUCCCACUCCCUCCCCACCCGGCACACCCUCCUCAAGAUCCCCACCCGCUUCAUAACCCGCCUCUUCGUCGGGUUCGACAUCCUCGCCGCUGCGAUCCAGGGGUCUGGGACCUCCAUCGCCGCGUCGGCGAACUGGACUGGACUGAAGGCAUUAUCGGGAGUUGACGUGCUUGUUGCUGGGCUGGCAGUGCAGGUUGCGGGAGUGGGGGUUUUUCUUUUGGUUCUGGGGAGGUUUACUUUUCUGGUGAAACAGCUGGGGAGCAAGGGGGGAGGUUGGGGGGGGUUGCUGGUGGCGGUUUGGGUGUCGAGUGGGUUGAUUUUCGUGAGUACUUCAACUGACUGGAGAUGUUGGUUGGGGAAAGGGAGGGAGGGUGCUAAUCAUGGAUAA